AUGCUGGGAGGUUCAGGGAGGCGGCUGGUGCUGCUGCUGCUGCCUCUGCUUCCUCUUCCUCCACACCAGGGCCCCUCAGCUAGCCCGAUGAGGAUGACGAUGAGGAUGACGAUGACGAGCUCGAAGGCCCUUCUCUCCCGCCCUUCUAGUCAGUCUCCUCUACGAUGUGUCCGUAGCAGGUCGGAGAUGCUGGGGUCAGGUACAGCAGCAUUGGCGGAUUCGCUGCUUCCUUUGAGAAUCUGCGAAGUUUCUUCUGGCAUGCCAUCAGUUGUCUUGAAUGGCUCGUGCUCUCUUGAUCUGACCGACCUCAAGGCCCUUCCCUUGACUGACAGCUUCCAACAAGACCCCUCUAAACAUUUGGAUUUGUGCGCAAAUGUUGUAAAGUUCCAGCGAGGAUCUGGAGAAUCAAGCAAGAUGGAUCGACAAGACACAAGCAUUGAUGUUCUGAACCGCUUCUCCUUGAGAUUCUUGGCCAAGCCGCUCCGUGGUUAUGGCAGACCAGAUAGAAGCAGACCAAGAGCAAGAAAGACUUGGAAGCCUCAGAAGUCAUCGCAACAAUCAGAACCUGCUCGACGGGCUCGACCGGAUCGAUGGGGAGAUUUCAAGGAAGAUCGAACCGAAGUCAAAGAUGAAAAAACACUGAGGACUGAGGUCAACGUAGCUCUGUACGGCCGGCGGUAUCUGAGGAAGGACUUCACAUUCCCAGAGUACAGCCCUUCAGAAGUGCAAGAGAUCGAUGUGAAUCUUGACAGGACGACGGUGCGUGUCGACGGCAAGUUUGACAGGACGGUGGUAUUACAGAACGUUGUAAAAGCCAACCACAGCCUAAUUAGAGACUUCUUCUCCAAGGCCGGAUUGAUCGAGUCGAUUGUGGAGAGGAGGAAUGCUACUGCUGUCAUCUUUCAGGAUGAUGAAUCAGCAUUCAAAGCCGGUCAGAUGGACAUGCUGCCGCUUGCUCACGGGUUGAAGAUGAGUCGGGUAGUUCCGGGCAACCUGCAAGCAGAGGAAAGGAGAAGACUGGAGAGAGGGUCUCGCAAGCCUGCAGUGUCCUCCUUGGACUCCAAGGGCUCUAAGUCAUUGCAGCGAAUGGGGAGAGGAGAGGACGGAACGAAGACAACGGGAGUCGUGAAGGGGCGGGAGGCGUCGACGGAAGGAGGAGCUUCAGGGUCCGAAGUUCUUCCUGUCGACGAGGACGAGAGCGUCAGUACCCUUGUCUUUAGCAGCGACAUGGCCAGUGAUGAGAUGAGGAAGCGGGUGAACGAGCAUGACAAGGCCAAGGAGCGGGAGAGGACGGGGAGGAUGACGGAGGAUGAGAGAGCGAAGGAGCUGCUGGGGUAUCUCCACGGACACAUGCACGAGAAAGCCAAGGAGCUCAAGAUCCGGGGAAUCUCAGCGGAUGCGGAAAGGAUGAGGAGGCUGUUCGGGGAAGGGAAACACCAGGAGUCUGUUCAGUUCUCCCGUGACUCAUCCCCGGUAGCCUGGAGAGUGGACGGGGAUAAGCGCUACCCCGUCUAUCCUGGCUACGAAGACUUUGAUCCUUACAUUGGGCCCAACGGUCUGCAGGAGCUGAUCAAUCGAGAGGGGAUCGACUACACCUUCGACGAGGGGAGCACGAGCGCGGACAACAGCGACGUCGAGCUGAUGGACCUGCUGAGAGGAAUCAACCACUCGGAGGCCCCCAAGAGGAGGACACUUGCUCGGGGCUGGCCAAUGUCUGCUAUCAAUGACACGCGACCUAUUGGGACCCGUUGGGUCGACACCAACACGAGGUUCGCUGAUAACUUCAAGUUCCAAAAGAACUCCAAGAAGUACUAG